AAUUUGUUUUUCAGGAAAGUGGCCAUGAUAAGAAUGCUGUUAGUACUGUACAAGAUUUGGAGUUGAUAUGAGAAUAUACAACAGCACAUGUGAUGAAGAAUCAACCGGUUGGGUUAUGAACCCAGGAUGGCAAGAGAGCAUCAGAUGCAGCACCUGUUUCCCCCUGUCCUUGUGAAAGAGCCACAGUGCAGUGGAAGAACUAAUCAAAGAACCUUGCUUUCAAAUCACAAUACCUAUGAUCUUGUUAGCAGUGUAGUACCAUCAGUAAAAUCUAAAAUGAAGACUUGCCUUCCUGCGGAUUGUACCUCUGGAGGCAUUAUUGUUACUCUGGACAACAAUACCAUGUGGAAUGAGUUCUACCAUCGCAAUGCAGAAAUGAUUCUCACUAAGCAGGGAAGACGGAUGUUCCCAUACUGUCGAUACUGGAUCACUGGCCUGAAAUCAGACCUGAAGUAUAUCCUGGUCAUAGAUAUUUCUCCUGUUGACAACUACCGCUAUAAAUGGAAUGGGCAUAAUUGGGAGCCCAGUGGGAAAGCAGAACCUCAUGUCUCGGGGCAGAUCUUUAGACAUCCGGAGUCACCUUCUACAGGUCGUUACUGGAUGCACCAGCCAGUGUCUUUCUACAAACUCAAACUUACUAACAAUACGUUGGACCAGGAAGGGCACAUCAUGUUGCACUCUAUGCACCGCUAUCUACCUCGCCUACAUUUGGUGCCUGCUGACAAAGCCACAGAAGUUAUCCAGCUGAACGGUCCUGAUGUCCGCACCUUCACCUUCCCACAGACAGAGUUCUUUGCUGUGACGGCCUAUCAAAACAUCCAAAUUACACAACUAAAAAUAGACUAUAAUCCAUUCACAAAAGGGUUUGUGAAAGAUGGACUGAGAAGCAGUUCCCAAUGUGAGGCAAAGCAAAAUGGUAGGUCAGAGCAUGAAGGCUUUCCUAAUAAUGACAUAAGUCCAUUUUCUUCUGAAGAUGAUAUUUUGGAUCCUGGGCAGAGAGGCCUAAAUGGUUUAUAUAAGAACGAGAAGAUGUGUAAUACUGAUUUGGAAAGAGAGUCAUUCAAUUCAUACAUCAAUGAGCGUGAUGAACCAGAAUUAAAGCAGGAGACAUCUGAAUUUCCAAUAGCCAGCCCUUGUGAAAGUGACUCUCACAUGAAAUCUCUGCUGAUCUCAAGUGGAGAGAUCAGUGAUACUGUUAAAGAGGAGCUGGCAGAUGAUUAUGUUCCAAAUGUCAAUAUGGAAGACAUCAGCAAAGAGACAGAAGAUUUUUCCUGUAGUGAUGACCCCGUGCUGGAGAAGCAGUUGAAGAAACAUAGUAAAAUGGGAAAAUCUCACAAUAGCUCAUUGGGUGUUGCCAAAACAAAAAUGCUAAAAUUGGACAAUAGCGUGCCUGCAGCCUGUGAGAUCACCAAAAGUAUGGUGAAGAUCUCUGCUCUUCAGACCAUUUUGUCUUCUUGUAAGAGAGAUAAAUCUCUUUUGAAACAUUCAGAAAAUUCAUUUCCUGCCAGUUUUGAAAAUAUCGCCAGUCCAAUUAAAGUUGUAGGAACAAAAAGUAAAAACCUUUUUUCUGGAAACAAUGAAGAACAGAAAUGUAGUUUAGUCAAAGAUGUGCCAUGGGAAAACAAUCAAAUACAUAGCAGCCAUUCCACAAAGCAAAAACCAUUGAACUUCAAAUUCAUGUCCUCAGCAGCAGCCAAAUUUAUUGUUGGAGGAAAAAAGCAAAAUACAGCAAAGAAACCUGUAUUGAGCACUGAUGUCGAUAGCAAUCCAAGUGCUGUGUUAUCAGGACCACUUAGGAGAGGAAGACCACAGAAGCUGAAGUUGUCAGAAGUUAAACACCCUCUGAAAUGCAUCAGCAAAGGUGUUAUGAAGAACCAUUGUGCACCUCUGAGACCAUUUUCUGACCACCCACAGUCUGUGCUUGAUCUUGAGGAUGUGGAUGGAGUACUGUUUGUAUCCUUUGAAUCAAAGGAAGGUCUGAAUAAUCACACUAUUGAUCAGUCUGGGAGAACAGGAGAACCACUGAAAGAACAGGCUGCUUUACAGAUUACAUGUGAUUCAGGCUGUCAAGAAGAGCUAAGUCUUUUGGAAAUAAAGCUUGUAGAAGAUUUGAAAUCCUUCAGGCACAAACAAGUGAUACAUCCCAAUCUUCAAGAAGUGGGACUGAAGCUGGGUUCUGUGGACCCAACAGUUAGCAUUGAUCUAAAAUAUUUGGGUGUACAGCUUCCUCUGAGCUCUUCAAAGGAUCGUGAUAACAACCAAGGAACAAGGCCCAGUUCUUUAGAUACUAGCCUUUCCUUCAUUUCCAGAACUGGGAAAACAGAUGAUUUUAGAAAAAUAAAAGGCUGGCAAGAAAAAUUCCACAAUGCUUCUAGGCAUGAAGGUAGUGUUCUAGAGGGCUCUUUGAAGAACCGAUCAGCCUUCUGCAGUGAUACACUUGAUGAAUAUUUAGAGAAUGAAGGGAAACUAAUGAAAACAAGUAUGGGAUUUCCUUCUAACUUCUCCAGUUGUCCUGUGGAUCACCAGUUUUCAUCUGAAAGUGGCAACUAUGUACAAGAGCAACACAACAUUCUAAAGAAAAAAUGCACUCCACCCAUCUCUUACAGUUUGAAGCCGUUUUCUCUGCCUUCCUUUAGAAAGAGAAGAAGAAACAUUAACAGUAAAAAAGCAUCUUCUAGAGGCAGCAUAAAAUCCAGUAUUUCUGCAGUGGCUUCACUUUCAUUAUCAAAAGAACAAUACCACAUCCAAGUCUUGGAAGAAAAAGUUACUAAUUCUCAGCCAAAAAGCAAAACAGACAUUACACUAAAUGUUCUUAUGACACCAGACUUAGAUGAAAAUGUACAGGAAAAACAUAGAACUGAAUGUGGGUCAACAUGGAACAGUCACAUAUGUACAACUCAUACAAAGCUGAUGGACCUGGAGAAUUGUACAUUACCAGAUGAGAAGCCAGAAACUUACAUUACUGAAGAACGGGCAGACUUUUCUCUGAGGACUCUGUUCAUGUCACAGUUUCCAGGGCAGAAGAGUGCUACAAGUUCUCUCAUUCAACAUACUCCAUCUCCAUUGAAAGAUAAUAUGACAGAGAAAGUUGAAUUUGGUGCUGUCUAUCUAGAAGAAAAGAAGUUACACAUACAGGAGACAGAGACAGUGGAAUUGCAAAUCACAAUAUCUGAUAGUAAACCGGAAGAAUUGUUAAUAACUCAGCCACAGUCCCAUGUAGAAGGGAUAAACUAUGACAGAGAUGCUGUUACUUCAGAGGUAGCAGGGAAGAAUACAGAAAUGGUGAAGCAGUUACCAGGUUCCGUUCCUGCCUUCCAAGUUGAGACUGUUUUACUAGAUCACUCCUAUUUUUUCAAAGGAACAGCUGAGAUACAACAGAAUGUUAAACUUUCUGAAAACGUAUCUGAUGAUAUUUUUCAAUUGGAUAACAGUAACUCCAAUGAAGGUUACAAAAAUGUAGACAUCAAAUCUGUGGAGAAGGAGUUUUUAAAGAAAACUAGUAUCUCAGAUAUUGAGACAGCAGCUGCCCAUGCUCUACCAUCCAGAAAACUGAACUUUGUUCGUGACCAUUCAGUUAAGGUGAUUACACCAUCUCCUAAGCAAUUUGAACUCCAGAAUAAGAAGCCAAAGAAUGUGGCACAAGCUGUGGCUAGGCAUCGUUCAAAACACACAGAAGAAGAACGUUGCCGACGUAAAGAAAUUAAAGAACUCUUUGAAAAAUUGCAAGUGACUUUGCAAUUUCAUUGCCUCCCCAGAGUUGCCAAGCGCAUCCUGCUUGAAAAAGCCUUUGAAGUGAUUCGGGAGUUAAUGAAUCAGGCAGAUAAACUAAUGGGUCAGAAGAAGUUACUGAUGCAUAAACAGGGCAUCCUGAUUCGUAAAGUAUCUGCACUAUCAGGCAAGACUCAAGAGGUUGUCUUGAAGAAGCUACAGCAUACCAUUGCGAAGCAGAAAACAGUAAAAACACAGAACCAGCAGCAGCAGAAAGAAAACCCUGUGAAGGCUAUUGAAACUGUGGAGACUGGUAGGCCAUAUGUGCAAGAUGGUCCUUGUUCUGAGGUGAAAGAAGUCUUUCUUUCUCAAAGUCAAGAAAAACCCAUGAUACUUUGCACAACGGGAAGUCAUGCCAUUGAAAAUGAAGACUCAUUCUUGAUACCAAGGAUUAUAAAUGUGAUGUCACUAGCUACUGAAGAAGAUACAUGUUUCAAUCCGGAUAUAAAUAGGAAUCCUUGUGGAUCCCUCGUUAUUGAUUCCCUGACAUCUAAGCCUUCCGUGCCAGUAGGGUUUCAAGAAAAAAAUUCCCAUUCUGUAGAAAAAGCUGAUCCUUCUUGUGGAAAAGAGAGAGAUGCUGCUGGCACAACCCAGCACUUUACUGGGAAAAAAGAAAUCAGCUUUUCACAAAUGGAGAAUGAACCCAGUUUAAAAGAAUCCCCAGAAUCCUUUGCAACAAAACUUUGCAAUGAAAAAUUAGUUCAAAGCCAGAUAAAAGAAAAACAGAUUGGCAGUGAAGGAGGCAGACAGCAGUCAAAAGAUUCUUCCUUCAAAGAGUUGCAGGUGAAUGAAUCCAAAGCUGUUGGGAUAGAAAUGGAAUUACAAAAAGUAGCCUCUGCAAUACAGGAAGCAGCACCAGAUGCAAGUGACCUAAUGGACAUGAAUGAUGACACAGAUGAAAUUCUUACCUCACUUCUGAAUGAAAUUGCAUUUCUUAACCAACAGCUGAAUGUAUCAGAAGUCCCCAACUCUCUAACUUCUUGCUUUUCUCCAGGAGGCACGGAGAGUCCAAGAGAACCAGCUACUGCAGAUGGAUCUCCCUUUCAGUUUGGCCCAUUGGGUGGGAGCUUCAAGAACCUCUUCCUUGUUCAAGAGAGCAGUGGUUCCAUUACCCCUCUCUUGCUUCACUUGGAAGAUGACAGCAUAGCUGAUUGUGACAGAACCUUGGGACAGUCUUCAUCUAAACCAGGUGUUUUGAAACUAAUGUUAGGCUCUGAAGUAAAGGAUCCAGAUCUAGAUCUCUCUGCUGAAAAUAUUGAUGGAAGUGGAAAUCAUAUGGAAUUUCUGUCAAACACCAUGCAUGUGUCACCUCCAAUCCUAAAGAUGAGGACUAAUUUGGCACCUAGCAAAGUUGACACAAUAUGGAAGCCCAUGCCCAAACUGGCUCCCUUUGGAUUAAAACCUGCCAACUUUCCAUUAGAUUCAGGGGGGCAAAUUACCAAAGUGAUGUCUUUAUUGGCACCCAUUAAUGAAAAAUUAUCAUCUAGUGGGCUAAAAGCCACACAGUCAGUUACUAAUCGAGAACAGAACUGAAUGUAAUGCCUAUACUUGCACUGGUGGUUUCAAUAGCAAAGUAAUAUUGCAACUUUUACUUUCUCAAAUGCAUGCCCUAUUUUUCAGAAAUAACAACAAA